CUUCAGCCAAGAGAUAUUUGGAAACUCUGUCGGAUCCAGUGUUGGGGGCUAACGUGUGUUUAGAUCCGAAAGCGAAUCAGAGGAGGCAGCGGAGGGCACGUCACCAGAAGGGGCCCUAUAAAUCCAUCUCCAUUGCUGCUUCGCCCUGGCAAAUCGAUUGCUUUGCAUGUUGGCCUGCGCGCCCACAUCUGCCCUCGCGUGCGACCCCUCCAGGGGCAGGUCCCAAAAGCUGAUCGCUCCCACCAAGCGCUCUGACCCCACCGGAUUAAAGAGGGUCCCGCGCAGGUUGCUGUCGGGAGGAGCUGGAUGCUCUCGCACCAAGUUUGGAUUGCAGGAGUGAUCGCUCUUACUCUACACGUUCCUCUUGGAUCUAAUCUUUCAACGUGACGCGAUCCCUUUCUGGAGGAGGGAGUCUGGCCGCUGCCGCGGCUGCCAGCUUACAAAUCUCCGCUCCAGCCUCUGCUUCUCCGGCAGGCUGCUAUUUCCCCGUCUCAGCUGUUCCUCGCGUGCAUGCGUGAGUGCCCCGUUCCCCCUGGCCCAGCUGGCGUUCCGGGAGCCCUGAUGUCUUCAUUGGACUCCCCGCAGUUGUUGAUGGGGUGUCUUGCUCAGAUUUCCAGGCAGAAGCUCAACCGCAGCAUCCAGAGCCAGUUCUCGCUGCCAGGCGGCGCUUCGUGCGGCGCAGGCGGCUGCUGCUGCUGAGCUGGGACUCGGCUGCAGGGCAAGGAUCGGCGAGAACCGGGCGCUGCCUCUGCUCUCCGCAGGGACCGCGCACCUGCGGCGGCGGGGGAGGGCGCACGGAGCGGCGCCGGCGGCAGCAGCCCCUGCCCCUGAUCCGGAAUUGUGAACUUUCCCGCAGCCCCCCUUGGAGGAUCCCCGAGCUGAGCCACAUGCAUCCCUUGGCGGCCGGCCGGGCUUGCUGGAGUUAAUGUCCGUGCUGGGUCCGACGAGCCCAUCUCAAAGGGGCCUGUGUCGGAAGGAAAUCUAAGAUGAAGUUAUGGGAUGUUGUGGCUGUCUGCGUGGUGCUGCUCAGCAAGGUCUCCACAUCCCCGCUGCCCGCCGCUAACAUGCCAGAGGAUUAUCCAGAUCAGUUUGACAAUGUAGUGGACUUUAUUCAAGCCACUAUAAAAAGACUGAGAAGGUCACCAGAUAAACAAACUCCAAUUUUUUCUAAGCGGGAGAGAAGUCGGCAAAAUGCAGCUGUUAAUACAGAGAAUUCCAGUAAAAAGGGACGGCGAGGUCAAAAGGGCAAAAAUCGAGGUUGUGUCUUAACAGAAAUACAUUUAAAUGUGACUGACUUGGAUUUGGGAUAUGAAACCAAAGAAGAGCUGAUUUUCCGGUACUGCAGUGGAUCUUGUGAUGCAGCCGAGACCACAUAUGACAAAAUUUUAAAAAAUUUAACCAGAAAGAAAAAGCUGGUCAAUGAUAAAGUGAGGCAAGCUUGCUGCAGACCCACUGCCUAUGAUGAUGACCUUUCAUUUUUGGACGAUAACUUGGUUUACCAUAUAUUGAAAAAACAUUCCGCUAAAAGAUGUGGAUGUGUCUGAUUUUUUUUUGAGAUUAUUACAAUAUUGCAUUCCUACUACAAUGCAAAGAACAGGACCAAGGUUCCCAAGGAAACGUCUGUUCAGAACUGAGAAAGAGGACCAAGGAUGCAGGAAAACAGAUGUCAUGGGAGCCUGGUAGGACAAGAUCCAGCACAGAGAACUGGACAGGACAGAAAAGUUGGAACUUUUAAUUUCUACAGGAAAGCAAAUAAAAGGCAUCAAAGCUCAGGGCUGGAGUUUCAGAAUGGAUGGGUGGAGGUUGCUAUCACUAUUUCAUUUGACAUGGUACACUAUCAAUGAGAGUUGAAUCAGCUAGGAAUGUGCUUAAAAACACAACCUAUUAAAUAUCAUGCCUUGUUCUUAUUUUUUAUUAAGUUUAGUUAUAAAAACUGGAGUAGCAUUAAUAAUGGCAAGCUUAAGUGGUAUUAGCUUCACUCCAAUAUACACUGUACUAUUGCUUGUUAAAAGGAUAUUCCAAAACACUGGAGAUAACUUUUUAAUUACAUAGUAUAUGUGCAAGGUUAAAUCAGGCAAGUGUCAAAAUUAAUCAGCUAAAGUCCAUCCGGGGAAAAUCAACACAAAACAAAACACUUUCACUUACUGUUUGAUUUAGGUUAUUUCCAUCUCACAUUUCUUCAAAACAGUUAAAUAUCAGAUUUAAUUCUUCUAUUACCUCUGAAAACAAGUUGUGUUUUUAAGCACUCACUCCUAGUAGAAUAAUAGAAACAAUGAGCCUGGCCUACACAAAUGCAAAAUGUGUUUCUUUUGGUUUACAAAGGACUAAUGUCACUUACAUAACUCCUUUAAUAUUUGGUCAUUGUGAGUGAACAGACUACUUGAUGCAAUGCAUCCAUUCAAAGACAUAAAUAUACAGAAGAUAUUUAUUGAGAUUUAAGUUAUUGUUAUUUAUUACAGUUCACUAAUGAGUUUCCGUUCCUUAUUUAUUAAAGUUUUUUUUCAAAGGUGCCAAAGUGGAAUGUGCUCGCAAGAUACAAAGACAGUUAAGCUGGGAACAAGGGGCCAUGCUUUUAAAAGUAUUAAUAGUUAACUUGAAAGCAAAAAAUCACUUACUUUACCUUUUUAACAAAACCCUGUUUAAAAUCUCAAAAUAGAGGGCCAAAGUCUGCAACCCAUAUUCAUGUUGAAUAACAUUUAUGUGAGUAACUCCAUUACUACCCAUAUGAGUUAGUGACACUCCACAUGAGUGGAGGUUGCAGAAUGGGGGCCGUUAUUAUAAAUUUGUUAGAAAAAGUAAUUUUAUUAAUAUUAUAAUGUUGAUGCAGUUUUUCUCACAAACACUUCUUCUGCCAACUGACCUCAUAAGUAUGAUUGACAAAUGAAGAUUAAUCACACUUUUGUCAUUUUAAUUUCAUGUUAUAUUUGUUUUUUCUUUCCAUAUUUCCAUAUAGAAAAGGUUAAAUCCCUUUUUGUAGUUAGUCCUGGAUUUAAUGUAGACUGAAGAUAAACAAACUAUUUUGUUAAAUAACCAAAGUGUUUUGUAUAAUUUGCUGACACAUUACAGGAUUCAACUGGCAUAGUAAAAACCAUUUUAAGUUUUCAUCUAAGAUACUGCUUUAAGGUGAAGGAGGUUAUGUAUCAAGGGGAUUAGCACAAGUUAUGAAGCUGGAGGUUUAUUUAUUAAAGAUUAGCAGAAGUGUAUUUAUACUAGACAUAAUAGACAACUGAAGUGAAAAGUGAAGACUUGACUCCCACAAAAACAAUAUCCAACCAAGAAUCUACUGAACAACAACAACAAUUAGGAUAAUAAUUUAUCCAAUCCAUUCAAUGGCUCCAUACUUAUUCUGUUCCUUUUAAGUGCAUGGAACCUGCACUGAUACCUGUGGGGAAGGUCCCAUGGUUGGGGGGGAGAAAGAAAGGAAAAACACACAAAGAUCCACCAUCAUGUGGCUUAAAGGAGAAUUUUGCCUUUCUUCACUAAGGUCCCAAUCUUGCAAUUGAUGAUAAGUGAGCACAGUCAUCUUCGUGGGCUCUGAAUGCAUGGCAAUCCACCACAUGCAAUCUAUUGCAGGAUGAGUCUAAGGUCCGACUCCAGCAAAGUACUCAAGAUCAUGAAUAGUCCCAUGGAAGUCAUUAAGCACGUGUUUAAGUGCUGUGCUGGGUCAGGGGAUUAACCACUGUGUUGGGCAGCGUACAGCAGUCAAAGCAUCAUCUGCAUUACUUGCAUAGUACAAUCCUGGCUAUGUGAUGAGUCAAAACUCAGCAAUACUGUGGUUAGUUUAGGCUAGCUUUGAGCACAGAAAUUAUAAGUACUUUAUCACUUGCUAUGGUACUUCACUGAUGGUUGACAGCUUGCCUCAAGCAACAGCCUAAAUAGGCUUUAAUUAUAGCAGGUCACUAUGGUCAAACUACAAAGGGUAAAGUUUGUGAUUUUUUUAAAAAAACUUAUCAACAACAGGAGUAUGAUCCUCUGGAGGUUUUUACUUCACCUACAAUUUAUGUCUCAGUUAUUUGUGUUAAUCAACCAAAGUUCUCUACAGACUUUAUUUUUGUACAAUAUUCAUUUUAUAACUUUUUACAAAAUAAAACUCAUUUCUAUUGUUGUAUGGAUGCUGUUUAUACUUCUUGCACAGCCAUCCUUUUCAGAGAGCUAUGAUCUUGCCCUUUUUCCAAUCCAGAGGGGAAAUCCCAAAUGAAGGCAAAUUUCUAUGUG